UUUAGAGCGCCUGCUAAUCAGUUGAGUUUAACCAGGCUGCAUGCACACUCUCGCUGCCAAGACACCCUUGCACACAGACAGAAUGAGAGAAAUUGUUCACAUUCAAGCCGGACAAUGUGGGAAUCAGAUUGGCACCAAGUUUUGGGAAGUUAUCAGUGAUGAACACGGCAUCGAUCCGGCAGGAAACUAUGUGGGUGACUCAUCGCUUCAAAUCGACAGGAUUAAUGUGUACUACAACGAAGCCUCCUCACACAAGUAUGUUCCCAGAGCAGUCCUUGUGGACCUGGAACCUGGGACCAUGGACAGUGUCCGGUCGGGGGCCUUUGGACAGCUAUUCAGACCUGACAACUUUAUCUUCGGGCAGACAGGUGCGGGGAACAACUGGGCCAAGGGCCACUACACUGAGGGAGCAGAGCUGGUAGACUCUGUGCUGGAUGUGGUGAGGAAGGAGUGUGAGAACUGCGAUUGUCUCCAGGGCUUCCAGCUCACCCACUCCCUGGGUGGGGGCACGGGCUCGGGCAUGGGCACCCUGCUCAUCAGCAAGAUCCGCGAGGAGUACCCCGACCGCAUCAUGAACACGUUCAGCGUCAUGCCCUCGCCCAAGGUGUCUGAUACGGUGGUCGAACCGUACAACGCCACGCUCUCUGUGCACCAGCUGGUGGAGAACACUGAUGAGACAUACUGCAUUGACAACGAGGCGCUCUAUGACAUCUGCUUCCGUACCCUGAAACUGACCACUCCCACUUACGGAGACCUCAACCACCUGGUGUCGGCCACCAUGAGCGGUGUGACCACCUCACUGCGCUUCCCUGGACAGCUCAACGCAGACCUUCGCAAACUGGCCGUCAACAUGGUGCCCUUCCCCCGCCUGCAUUUCUUCAUGCCUGGCUUUGCACCACUAACCGCCCGGGGGAGCCAACAGUACCGCGCCCUGACAGUGCCCGAACUCACCCAGCAGAUGUUUGACGCCCGCAACAUGAUGGCGGCGUGCGACCCGCGCCACGGCCGCUACCUCACCGUGGCCACUGUAUUCCGAGGGCCCAUGUCCAUGAAGGAGGUUGACGAGCAGAUGCUGGCCAUCCAGAAUAAGAACAGCAGCUACUUCGUGGAGUGGAUCCCCAACAAUGUCAAGGUGGCUGUGUGUGACAUUGCGCCCCGUGGCCUUAAGAUGGCCUCCACGUUCAUCGGCAACAGCACGGCCAUCCAGGAGCUGUUUAAGCGCAUCUCGGAGCAGUUCUCAGCCAUGUUCCGCCGCAAGGCCUUCCUGCACUGGUUCACCGGGGAGGGCAUGGACGAGAUGGAGUUCACAGAGGCCGAGAGCAACAUGAAUGACCUGGUGUCUGAGUACCAGCAGUACCAGGAGGCCACGGCCAAUGACGGGGAAGAGACAUUCGACGACGAAGAAGAAGAGCUCAAUGAGUGAGGAUAAUGUUGCCUGUUUGUAAAAAAAAUAACGUUUUGUUUUUACUUGUGUUUUGAUGUGUACUGUUUUGAAACUUUUAUGUCCAGAGGUCUCGGAAGCAGUGGUGGAAAUAAAACAUUUUUAAAGGCUUUGAA